AGCUCAACAUGACAGAAAUUCAGCUUCAGAUGAGCGACAAAGAACUAUCUUCUUCCUUAACGGAAACAAGAGAAAAUCUAACCACAAAGGUUUGUUGCCUUCGUCUCAAAAUGCGAACUAGACAACAUUAUGCCCUCGACUGCGAUUCUCGUAUGAGUACUCUACUUGCUGAAAGGACCGCUUGAAAUAAGCUCCUAAUUACUUAAACCUAGUUUAUAUCCGACAUGUUAUAGACAAAUUUACAUCUCACUUCACGCGAGAACUUUUGUCGAAUUUCCGUCGUACUGAUGCAGCGAUAAAAUAACAUUUAACGACUGGGGAUACUUAAAAUUCUAAGUAAAUCUUAAAAUACUCAUUGCUUACUAUAUCGUUCUUGUGUACGAUUUUACAGAUGCGUGAUGCGGAGCAGAGAUUGCAAAAUAACAUUGAAAAUUCAAGCAGAACUCUGAGUGACAAGGUAAAUACUUCAUACUUUUCCCCCUCCCAGCAUAUUCCGUCCCCAGUGUCAAAAGUAAGAAUGAUAAAAAAAAGAAAAGUAAGAAUGAUAAAAAAAAGAAAAAUUCGAAUUUUAAAAAGUGGCCUCGUUUAUACUGCAAACCUCUGAGUCUAUAUGCUCAAAUGUCUCUGUCAGUUGUUCUGGAUUGAUUUAUGUAAUACACGGAGGUAUAUAUGAAGCAGUGUCUUCUAGAAUGGAAUGAUAUUAGAAGCAAAGAAGACGCUACAUAUCCCCGGAUAGAGUAACUACCAUCUUAAUUUAGAAAUUUCCCUUCUCUAUUUCUUGGGAAAGUUUUAGAUUUUGUCAGAGUGAGUAUACCACACGUAAGUGAAUCAAAUUUUAGUGGCACCUAACUAAUAUCUGAGAGGCGCAUUUCGAAUCCCGUUGAAGUCUUGAUUUUUGAGUCUUCUUUUCAGCGCUUGCUUGAAUUGUAGCUCGCUUACGAGGAUCAUUUCUGCACUUGGAUACUGGAAUAUUGUUAACAAUGCAACAGAUGUGCACUUAUCUCCAUUAUCCAUUCAUUUUCUUUUCAGGUAGAUUCAGUGAACGAUGAUCUUAACAAGACACGAAACCACCUAAUAACCUCUAACCACGACGUAAGAAAUGAACUAGGGGCUCUUAACACGACCCUUAUUUUGAAGGUAUUUAUCAUAAUAUUUUCUAAUAUGACGCUUUUGUCAUUGCUUAUCCUAGCGGCGUGCAGGAAGUGUCUCUCAUACGAACUGGUACGGCAUAACUCACCAAUAGGUUUUUUUGUAAUUCACUGGAAGAGGAUCUCACUGCGGCUCUGAAAAGGUCUAGGGUUCCAUAGCACAUGGAGGACCAAGAAUGUUUUUUAUCCUAUCUCAUCAUGAAAAAGUCAACGACAAAAAACUCUUUAGUUUUGAAUAGUAAGAACUCCCCUUCCCUAGCUUUCAAGCCUUCUAAUUUUAACAUUAUCGUCAAAUGCUAAGCGUUUCGCGGUAAGAUCGCUUCUUUGAAAUCAUUUACUCUAAUAUAUUACUCAGGUAACGUUUUUUCUUCACAGAUAACAACAGAUUUCCAGGUAUUGAAAACAGAUCUUAACACAACAAAAACUUAUCUAGAAGAUGCAGACAUUGAGUUGCAGAAAUCUUUGACAGCUCAAAACUCAACUUUGACCACGAGGGUAAGUGGCAAUAUUUUUACUUGGUAUUUAUGUAUAUUGUUUAUUUUGGUGCAUAAGGGUGAUACACAAAUAUCACAUCAACUUGUUACAACAGGACCACGAUCUCACCAUUUGAAGACUCCUUUAGCUGUAUUUUGAAAAUUUAAAAAAAUGUAAACAGAGCAGCGAAGAUUCCAAAUAUCAAAUAUAUAAAUAAUUCCUGAAUUGUAAAAAUUAAAUUUAUGGAUAAACAAAUAAGACAAACAAAAUUUUUCUUUUGUUUCAAUCCUUGCUUUUAUCUCACAGACAGAUAAUUUGGACUCAGCGACAAAUCAGCUAUCAUCGAUCCUGGCCACAACCCAAAGUAACCUAGAUAGGCUGAAUGAUACACAGAUCAAAAGUACACAAGAGGUACCAGUUAAGGUUAAAUUCAUCGCCGUUUUUACAGAAGUAGUUCUACAAGCAACCUUGAAACAUCUGUAUAGAUGCAAAUUAACUUGACAUGCCUAAUAAUUGAUUGCCAUGGUCGUUGACUGGAAGUAUUAAAGAGAAUUUCUUUGGUUCUGAUUUCUUCUUCUCUUGGACAUACAUUCACCACCGCUGGUUGUGGGAAGGAUUGGUCAAAAAGUUUUAGAACAUCCCCCAAUCUUUGGGCCAAUCGAGGUUUUUCUAACAAUAGUUUCAGGAUUUUUCAUUCAAAGGAAUUCUAAGAUAAUAGCAUUUGAGGUUAUAUGACACAAUUUGUAACGGUACUGUCAUUAUUUUCGAUUUUUCUCCUUGGGAAGUAUGGGACCUAUCGAUCAGUAAUGAUAAAACUGCUAUGACUAAAAUUACUUAGAGAAUGUUCUCUUUAGUUUCAAGGUCACCUUUUGUCCAUGGAAGCACGUUUGAACUCUACCGAUGAAGAUCUAAAAUCUUCCACUGGCAACUUACAAAACAAAAUUGAAGAGCUUAAUACAAGUUUUGCAGGCCAGGUAUGCAACUUAGAAAGAUAUGCACAGAGCAAAAAUAUCAGAGAGUCGCUUAACUUAUGUUUACUGAUAAACUUGAUAAAUAUAUAGGACCUCAAUAGCGUGGACGUAAAAUAGUGCUAUGUACCAAGGAAAGAUAAUUUUUUUUUUUAUUUUUUUUGAUUCGCUGACGCUUCUAGCACGAGAUUUUUAUGACCUUUACAUAAUAAGAGCAAACAGAUAGAUUUGAGAGCAACAAAACACAGUCUUAGGUGUCAAACGGUUUGUGUGCUAUUUAUUGUUAAGAUAGCAGCCAAAAUGCAUAAGAAAACUUUUCAAAUUUCAAUAUAGGAAGACAGCAUGAAGCUUAACAGUACAUAAAUGAAAAAAUGGGACUUUAAAAUUCUUCUUUGUCUUUUUAUACUUUAACAGGAGUAAGAAUUGUGUGUUGAAUGCCUUUUAGCACCCCAGACAUUUAAUGAUCUGCAGAAUUUCUUUCAGGUGCAAGAUUUUUCAAUACUUAUCAUGUUUGGAUUUAUUAUUAUCAUUAGGUCAAUAGCCUUAGCCAAUCCAUCACUGCAGUCCAUUCGCAGUCUAACGAAACAAAGGAAAGCUUCAACAAUUUCAAGAUGCACACUGAAAAUUCUGUUACAUUGGUAAGUUUGCAGAUGAGCCGUUUUACUUUUAUAAUCUGUUUGAGCGCAUUUUGUUGACGUUUGAGAUGAUAGCGGAUAGUGAUUUUGAAAAUUCUAUUAUAAAAUUGACAAGAAGUAUGAUUACAAGGAAAUCACCGAGGGGAUCGGGAAAAGCACUCGUGAUAGAAAUGGUGGCAGCUGCUUGUAUGGUGGCAAAAUAUAUUGAUUUUCAGUUAUUAAUCAGACAAGACAGCGAGGAUAACAUGAGCUGACUAACGAAAAAAAAAGGGUUCCAAAGUUGUCACGGGUUUCUCAUACUUCCUUGUUAACUUCAUUUCAAGGAAAUGAAAGAAAGGCUGUGGCGAAGGAUUCAACAACACAUUUUGUGAUCUGAACAAGUCUUUUUAUAAUUGAGUGAUCUUUCCAAAGAACCAAUUUCAAUUUCAGAAUGCUAAGGCCAUUCCUAAAAUCGAUUCUCUAUGUAAAAAAGCAUUAAGAGGCUUCAGAUGAUAGCAAAGCGUCGUUCAGAAACCUAAAGCAUGGCUGUAUGUGCAAUCAAAACUAAGUAAAUUAAAUCAUUAAUUUUACAUGGCAUGGAAGUUAUUAAAAUGUUCACCUAAAUAAAUGGACGUCAAAAGUCUUAGCUUGAAAAUAUUUCACAUCAGAAUGGUGGCAAAAAAAACCUGAAUUGCUGUAAAAAUGUAAAUCGCCCUUUAACUCUGAUCAUGCUAAAUUUUGUUUUUACCGCAGGUGAAUGACGGGCUCAGUAACUUGGAGAAAACGGUGAACUCAACGAAGGACAAAUUAACUUCCCGAAUUGAAAGUACAGACCUAAGGGUGAGAAAAAAUGAUAUCUUUUGCAAUUUGUAAAUAUAAAGAAAUCAAUAUUUUUCAUAAGCUGACCUUUAGUCACUUACACUACCGUUGGUGAAAAAUAUUAAUUCUUAUGAAAACGGUUUUUGAGUGGUCGUCGAAAGUAAUUCAAAAUCCUUUGAGUUUCGUGUAACCUUUAGGUCGUUUCGAGUACUCGAACGAACUAUAAUGACACAACUAAAACGAAGCACGACUUGGUCAGUUCUUCAUGUUAGAGACUAACCCUAAGAAAAGGUAAAUAUCGUUUAGAUUUUAGUCCUAGUUCAUGAAUCGUACAUACAGCAAUCAACCACCGCCGGCUAUAUUUGUUGAAUCGGAACAUGUACGACAACUGAAUCAAAGUCCAGACCAAACUUGUAUGAUACCGUGCACUUAAAACGUACUUAAAAACGCCCUAAAAUCCCACACCAUAGCAUUGCAAUUUGGAGGGUUGCAUUCUCAUUGCACUUGUAAUCGAUCUGAAUAGUUAUGUUCAACAGCUCAACAGCACCACCGAAAGACUUGAUCAAGAAGACGUCAGCAUAAUAUCCCUUGUUAAUGACAUCAACACAACAUUGUCUUUGAAGGUACUAGAAGUUACCAAAAUAUAUAUAUUUUUUUACCUUUUUUUUUUACUUUCUAAUUUUUUUAUUUAAUUAUUAAUUUUUUUUUGGUGUUUUGUUUUCUUCUUUUUUUUUCUUUUCUGGCUUAUGUGUUUAUUUUAGCAUGUUUGUUAAAUUAUGGAAUUAAAUUCUUAUGUUUCUUCCAGGUAGAGAAUGUGAGUAAGCUCCAGGGCCCCGUUGGACCACGUGGUUUUAACGGCUCUCAAGGAUUGGUUGGACCAGCCGGACCUCAGGGAGUCAAUGGCACACAGGGUCUCCAGGGGGUGAUAGGUCCACAGGGUUUUAACGGAUCACAAGGGUCACCGGGAUCAGAUGGACUCCAAGGAGCCACAGGGCCCCCAGGACCCGCUGGAGCAGGAGAUUUUUCUCAAUGUGAGUUCAUGACCAGCACGGACAUAGGAUCCCAGACAGCUUUCCGAGGCAACACUCUUCCAGCUGCAACCAAAGUCAUCCUAACUGAACCAACUGUAAGUAACAUGAAAUACGAGACCCUAUAAACUCGACAGCGUGAAAAAAAAUAGAUAAAAAAUCUCAUUACGCAAACUCAAAAGCGUGAUAAUGAAUUUAAUUCGAUGAUAAAAUCCAAUAUUACUGAAAAAAAAACAGGAAGAGCUACAGAUACGCACUGUUAGGGUUCAGAAAAUUGCGGUUAGACAUAUUUGCUGAUAUAUGCAAAAUUUCAAUCGUUUUGCUAGCAAAAACUGAAUUAUAUCAAACAAUAGUGCUUUUUGAGCAAGAAAACGUCAUAUUCAUAGAGGAAGGCUCGCCUAUCCGAGCAGUUCUGUUCCACGCAGCCAUUCCUCAAAUGAAAAUGAAGAGAAGUGUGUUGUACGAAGUACGCUCAACAGCAUACCAGCAUGACAUCAUUUAGAUAUGAUAUUUGAUCUCCCUUUUCCAACCAUUAUACAGGAUAAAAGAAUAGUUGGUGUCACAUGCUCAACAGACUUCGCCCAAUUGUAUAUCUUGGAAGCUGAGAUUGCUCCAUCUACAAACAAGCAAGUGUACCGCUGUGAGUGCUAUGGAAACCAGGGAAGUGCAGGGACAAUCAAAAGUAUUCAAUGCUUUAUGCAUUAUUGGUUGUGUCCCUUAACAACAUAAAAGUGACACGCCAUCUAUUGCCAUGUGUGAAGAAGAAAAUGCAUUGAACUUCAAGAUGGGAUCAAGCGAUACGAACUAAUAAGCAAAAAAAAACUCAAAAUGUC